AUGAUUAAGGUGCCUUUGUCUUUUCACAUGACUCAGGCGCUAGCAAAUCACGGUUGUUUCCAGCAAUACCUAUUCCGAAUGUGGAGCGGCCACCGGGAAGAACUAACUGCCCGACUUGGUCACCAGCCGACUGCAGCGGACCUUCCGGAGCUUUUGUGUAGGCCCGACUUCGACGUCCUCCCUCCGGACCCAGAAGAAAAAGGCAUUUUGCUGGCCAAUGCCGACGAAGCCUUCCGGCUAUUCUACAAAAUGCAACUCGAAGAACUAGGGUCAUUGUCGAUUGCUAGAAAAUGCAAGCCCUGUGUAAGUGAGCAAAUUGAACUACAUGGUUUUUGUGAUGCCUCACAAGAAGCAUAUGGAGCGUGCAUAUACGAAUAUGUAGACGAGGAUGGUCAAGUUUAUAGCAGAUUGCUGUGUUCAAAGUCACGAGUAGCACCACUUAAAGGGUCGACGAUUCCAAGACUUGAGUUAUGUGGAGCCCUAGGUCUAGCUCAGCUUGCUAUUAAGGUGGCGUCGGCGUGGGAUGUUGACCAAAUAUUAGAGAUAACUGAUCCGAAGCAAUGGAGGUAUGUCAAGACUGAAGAGAAUCCUGCUGAUUUAGUCUCAAGAGGAGUUAAACCACACGACCUAGAUGUUUGCAGCAAGUGGUGGAAUGGGCCAGUGUGGUUGUCCCAGGCAAGGGACAAAUGGAACGUUGUUGAUACUCCCACACAAGACAUUUCGGAACUCCCAGAACAGCGUCCUAAUCAGCUAACGCUACUGGCAGUAGACCCGCUAAAGAAUAUUAUGACCAAAUACUCCACGUGGAGUCGUCUUCUACGUGCAGUUGCAUGGAUUCUGCGAUUCGUUAAGUACGUCAUAUCCAAACGUCAAGCACAACAAACGAGGUACUUAUCAGUUCGAGAUCUCAGAGAUGCUGAAAAUUUCUUAAUACGAAGAGCGCAAGCAGAAGAGUUUGGAGAGGAGAUCAAAGCAUUAAACGAUCAGAAGGAGAUACCACACAGCAGUAAGUUACAUGCUUUAAACCCAGUAAUAAGAAACGAGUUAUUAGUAGUAGGUGGUUGUUUAACCAAUGCCAACAUUUCAGAAGAGCAAAAAAGGCCAAUUGUGCUACCCGUAGAUCAUACAAUUACACAACUUAUUUUCAAAGAUCGACAUCGGAAUCUACUACAUGUUGGCCCUCAAGCACUCUUAGCUGAUAUAAGGCGCCGUUACUAG